CACUGUUCUCUCUGCGAGAAAGCUUCAUCGGACUGCAUUGCUGGCGCAGCUAUCUAGGCGAUGGGUGGCACAUCAUGGCCGUCUCAAGAUUGUUCUCUCGACCGCGGGCUCUCCCUCCUCCCACUUCGAUCUCUUCUCGUCAUCUUCGACUGAGUCCUAUCUCGCAUGCUUCUCAAGCAAGGAACCCGCAGACAUGGCGCACGUUCUCAUCGUCUGCAGGACGGCAUCAAAAGCCGCGCGGCAAGGAGUCGUUUCGGUCAAGACUGGGCACUGCGCUGAAAGGCACAAAGAUAGAGUGGUAUUGGUUGCCGGCUACCGCAGGCAUUGCCUUUGUAGGUGGUCUGCAGUCAUAUCGCAUGUAUGCGACGGCCAAGGCAAAGGAAGAGGAGGCCGACAACGCCAGCCUGUACAGCGAUGACGGAGAACCAGAGAAAAAGCCAAAGAAGAGAAAGAGAACUCGUCCUAGCGGCCCGUGGCAGGUUCAAAUCAUGUCUACGCUGCCACUGAAGGCUCUCUCGCGAGCCUGGGGGUGGUUCAAUUCCUGCGAAAUACCCUACUAUCUGCGUGUUCCGGGCUUCAAGCUAUAUGCUUUCAUAUUUGGCGUCAAUCUGAACGAAGUGGCAGAGCCUGAUCUACAUGCCUAUCGCAAUCUUGCCGAGUUCUUCUACCGCGAACUCAAGCCCGGUUCACGACCUCUCGACCCGAACCCCAACGCCGUUCUCUCUCCUGCGGAUGGCAAGGUGAUUCAGUUCGGAGCCAUUGAGCAUGGCGAAGUGGAGCAAGUCAAGGGAGUGACCUACUCUCUCGACGCUCUACUCGGCACGAAGGCACCAACGGCGGCGGCCAAGCUCGCAAGCUCUUCAAGAUCGCCUUCUCCAAGCCCCGAGCGAUCGAACAACGGCGACGAAGAGCAUAUCAAGCGUGACGAGGAGUUCGCGCGCAUCAAUGGCAUAAGCUAUACGUUACCUAAUCUGCUUUCUGGCAGUCCGGACAAGGAGUCCAAGUCAGGCAUCAAAGUGGAUCAAUCUACGCCGUCGAAGCCAACGUCUGAAGCCGAAGUCCGAGCCGACCUCGCACUGUCUGAGAGACCGUGGUGGGCGCCUCGCACCACGAAAACACCCACGCAGCUAUACUACGUAGUCAUCUACCUAGCCCCAGGUGACUACCACCGGUUUCACUCGCCCGUUUCGUGGGUCGUCACCUCACGUCGCCACUUCGCGGGCGAGCUCUACAGCGUCAGCCCGUACUUGCAACGUACAUUACCGGGCCUCUUCACGCUGAAUGAGCGCGUCGUCUUGCUUGGCCGCUGGCGCUGGGGUUUCUUCAGCUACACGCCCGUCGGCGCUACCAACGUCGGCUCCAUCGUCAUCAACUUUGACAAGGAGCUGCGGACCAAUUCCCUGCUCACCGACACGGCCGCCGACCGCGCCGCUGAGGAAGCUGCUGCACGUGGCGAGCCCUACUCUGGCUUCUCGGAAGCCACGUACGAGAAUGCUAGCGCGAUUCUGGGGGGCCACGCGUUGAAGAGGGGCGAAGAGAUGGGAGGUUUCCAGCUGGGGAGCACGAUUGUGCUUGUGUUCGAAGCACCCAAAGGAAGAAGAACGACGAGCUUUGACGAGGGUUAUUCCGGGGUAAGGCAAGGCGGCUGGAGAUGGUGCAUUGAGAAGGGAAUGAAGGUCAAAGUUGGUCAGGCUCUUGGCGAGGUGCUGGAGGACACGGACAAGAGCUACUGGUAAGCUGCGCGGGUGGGUGUCUCCAGGAAUGCAUGUACAGAUACUGUGUGUAAUUUGGUUGUACGACCCCUUUUACGGAUGAAGAUAGCGGGCGGACGUCGAAUUUGUGGCUCCCGAAUGGUUUGACGUCCAAUCCAGACUGUCGAGCCAUUAAAUAUAAAUAGAGUUAUACAGCUGUCGUGGUUAACCAAAACCAUGCAAAGGACAAACUAUAUCCAAUAUCCCCAUUUUAUGGAUGCGGGGUAUCGAAUCUGCAUGAUGCUGCCCAUCAAGCACAUUUCUAAGACGCUCACUCUGGUUCUGUCAAAAACGUGGUAGCGAAGAUCACACAGCUGAACGAUCUUCUUCAACC